AUGAACUGGGGUGUGUAUGAAGCUCUGCUGACCGGUGUAAACAAAUUCUCCACAGAAUUUGGUCGGCUUUGGCUCUCCAUUGUUUUUAUAUUUCGCAUCUUGGUAUAUGGAGUAGCUGCAGUCCGCGUCUGGGGAGAUGACCAAAAAGACUUUGACUGUAACACUCGGCAACCAGGGUGUUCUAAUGUCUGCUAUGACAACUACUUUCCCGUGUCUCACAUUCGACUGUGGGCUUUACAGCUCAUUCUAGUCACCUGCCCUUCUCUUCUUGUUGUGAUGCAUGUUGCCUAUCGGGAAAACCGAGAAAGAAAACACAGGGAAAGAUUGGGGGAGAAAUGUGAGAAGCUCUACAAAGACAUUAGCAAAAAGAGAGGGGGGCCUAUGGUGGACCUAUCUCUUGAGUCUUCUAAUCAAAGCUCUUGUGGACCUAACUUUUAUUUAUGUUUUUCAUCGACUGUAUAA